GGCCCCAACCACACUCCUUCAACACUGGAUGAGGAAAAGUGUCACUGUUUUCCAAUGCUUGCGUAGCAUUAUAUACUAUUUUUUAACCUUUUAACUGCAACUUUACGUUAAUUUAAACCUCAAAGCUAAAGGGCCAUGAUGGUAAUGAUUGUGGUGGUGGCUAGGGUGGUAGUAGUGAAAGCUUCUUUCAUUCUCUUCUGAAUUCUAACUGGUUCCGUCUCCAUCAUCGCCAACUUGCCAUGACACAGGUGAAAGUACCUUAACUACUUCCUUAUAGUCCUUUCCUUUCUCACCCUUUCAAAACUCUCCAAACCAAUAAUCAACAACUACACGUUUUCUUUCUUUUCUUGACUCCUCCAUUUCAAACACUAGAUUUUUUUUUUCUCUGUCGUUUUCUUUCUCGCCGCUUCAUGUCUCUGCGUCGUUUUCCCUACACACACAACGUAGUAGUAGUCCGUGUUUCUUACCUCCUACUUCUUGUUUCUGCAUAUUCAACAAUAAUGCUCUCAAGGUGUCUCCGCUGUGCCUCAACCAGUUUUUACCUUGCUCUGAGGAUGUGUGAGGGCGCAGAUCCAUUUCAUGGGAGCCCUACAGCUAGGGUAUUCACUCGCUAUUUGUGCCUGCCACUAAGAGAGAGGGUUAGAUAUUGCGCUGUUUGGUGGGUGGAAAAGCAUCAUAUUGGAGCUGUUUUUUGUGAGAACUAUUACUUUUGGUGUCUGGAGAUAGCAAUUACAGUGGCUGAGUUUCUGCAGUGACUGAUAUCUUCUGAGAGGUUUUCACUGAGAAGAGGUUUUCUCAUCGGAUUGUUAAACUUGGUGAGUUGGGAAAUGAGCAGUUUAAGGCCUGAGUCUCAUGUGGCACAGCAAAUUCGGCGCGAAAAAUUGAGAAUCCAAAACAGUUCUCAACCUCUGCACGAAUUCCCCAACAAUCUUGAACCGUUAUCGUUACAUCCGGGGUUUAAUAACUUUGAUCUUCUUCAUGUUAGGAAUGUUAGGAACGCUAACAUGCUUGACGAACAAGUUGUUUAUCCACCAGAAAUGCCUAACUUCUCCACUUCUUUGAACCCUUUGUCUGCUCCAAAGAACGCUUUGGAGUAUCAUCAAGAAAUAGAUGCAGCUGAAGCGAGUAACAGGCUGAUGAUGAAUCAGUAUGGUUCGUUUUCCCAUUCCAUGCCCGCUACUCAUUCUUCCCACAAGGAACAGUGCGAACUUCGUAAUUUGGGAAAUUGGAGGAACAGUGCUCCCCAGCAAGGAUCUGAUUGGUUUGUAAAUUAUCCAAGUAAUGCCAAUUCUUUUUUGUCUUCUGAGCUCAACAAUGUGUCAUCUUACAACGAACUAAUGGAUGUACAGUGUAGCAAUGCAUCUGAUGAAAUCAGUGGUAGACAAAUUCAAAAGCAAUUAGGUGGACUGCAUAAUCCUCCUCCUCCUUCUCCACUGUAUCAAAAUGCUUUGCAAGAUAUUGUGAAGUCGGCUUCUAUCGGUGCUCACACCAGGCAAGACAUGACUUCCCUAAUGCAACAAAAUGACCACAGCAUUUGGGUGGGUAAUGGUUCUGAAGUUGAGCUUCAACAGCAGAGUUAUGAUAAUCAGCCAAAUCCGUUGCGUUUCGGAUGGACAAAUCGAGCAAUAGAUAAUAUCCCGAGUGAUUCACUUCCUCAGAGCUUAUCCCUGUCACUUUCAUCGAACGCACAACCCAAGCCUUCUGUUUCUCAACAUGAGCAAGGGUCUACAUCCGAUGAUCCUCGUUGUUUGAAGAAUAUGAAGCCCUCUAUUGUUUCUAGAGAUUCUGCGAAAUCACUCCAAGACACGGUGGGAAUGCCUUCGAAGAGUACCAUGAGUUACCGAAGUGUGGGUCCCCUUGGCCCUUUCACUGGGUAUGCUACUAUUCUUAAGAGUUCAAGGUUCUUAAAGUCUGUCCAACAGUUGUUAGAUGAGAUUUUCUGUGUAUCUGGUGCAAAGUUUGCGAAAUCAUAUGAUGUUUCAGAACGGGUUUCUCCGGAAAUUAGUGCUUCCACUUCUGCGGAUACUGUUACUGUCAACGAAACCGGGGUUACUGCAAAAGGUAGUAACUCAGGUUCUUCAUCAACUAUGUUGUAUAAUGUCUCAAAGGAAAAUAGUGCUGAUUUGGGAGUUGGGAGUAGCUUUGGUCUUUCUUCGCGGCCAGAUUAUCAACAGAAGAAAGCAAAACUGCUGUACAUGCAAGAGGAGGUUACGAGGCAAUGCAAGCAGUACCAUCUACAAAUGCAAAUGGUUAUUUCUUCGUUCGAGUCAGUGGCGGGUCUUGGUUCUGCAACUCCUUACAUCUCCAUGGCUCUGAAGUCAGUAUCAAAACACUUCAGAUGUUUAAAGAAUUCUAUCUCAGAUCAGCUAAAGCUUAUGAGCGAAGCCUUGGGAGAGGAUGUGUCAAAACCCUCUUGCAGUAGUGGCAGUAAAGCUGACACUACUAUGGCAAGGAUAAGAUGCAGCAUGGACCAAAGUUUUCUAAAGAACAAAUCUGGCAGAGGUGGUACUACGGAUCUUCUUGAUCCCCAACAGCAUGUGUGGAGGCCCCAGAGAGGGUUGCCAGAGCGUGCAGUGGCAAUUCUUAAAGCCUGGUUAUUUGAGCAUUUUCUUCAUCCUUACCCUACAGACACCGAUAAACACAUGCUGGCUAGUCAAACGGGUCUAUCACGGAAUCAGGUAUCAAAUUGGUUCAUAAAUGCUCGAGUACGAGUAUGGAAGCCAAUGGUUGAGGAAAUACACAUGCUUGAAACAAAAGCAACAGGCACCAGAGAGAAGAGUGGUAAACACGAUCAGGGAACAUCUUCUGGCCCUGAAGGCGGUGAUACCAGCCAAACUAGAGUGGAUAAGCCUUUGAGCAAUAUUGGUAUGAAUUCAAUACCUGAAAACCGAUUUGAGGGCAUGGAAAUGGAAUCAAGCAAUGCUGAGGAAAGAGGGUUGAAUGAAGAACAAUGGAGUCAAGAGAAAAGAUCUAAAUUGGAAUGCCAAAUGACUUCAAACAAUAUGGAUGGUACAUUGAUGGGUUUUGUGCCAUAUCGACGUGGUGGCCUUGAGGUUGGUGGGCUUGGUUCUGUGUCACUAACAUUAGGUCUUAGACAUGGCGUUGAAGGAGUACAACACCAACAACAAUUGCAAGAGGAACAGCUUCGACAUCAUCACCUUGGAGGCCACAUGAUCCGUGACUAUGUCGGCUGAUUGUAGUAACUUCGUGAUGGGAUAAUGAAAAUCUCACGCCAACUUUGCUUCGGACUGCGAAAUUCUGAACUGAAACUGGGUGGCAAACGUUCAAACUUUUGAAGACACGCUGUUUGUUCAAGAAGGGCAUUACAACCAAAUGAA